UUACAAGAUGACAGACCUAGAGGACUACAUCCCCUUCUGGAGGAAACUUGAGGUGUACACGAUGCCAUUCGUCUUCACACUCAUCUUUGCAUUAGAGGUUGUUGGAAAUGGAAACACUGAUCCUGAUCUUCUUACGACACAGAAUCACGAGAAAUGCUACCAAUAUCUACAUUUUUGCUAUGGCUCUUGCCGAUUUUCUAGUCAUCAUAAGUUUCCUUCCCAACAUGUAUAUGAUCUUUACAUUAGAGUUUUGGCCUUGGGAUGGUAACGUCUACGCGAUGAUCGAGACUAUCAAGGCAGUUUCUACCGGAGUGUCUGUGUUUUCCAUGACAGCCUUCGCUGUGGAACAGUAUCGUGCGAUCGUCCGUCCAGUGGAUCAACAAAUGUCAUCUAAACCUUUAGCAAUCAAGAUGAUCUUGGCCAUUUCGGUGAUUUCUAUUGCAUUUGCGAUUCCUACAAUACUAUACUCACACUGUGAAAAACUAUAUAUGCCAGGAAUAGAUGAUUCACUUUCCAUCUGCAUGACUUUUCCUUCCAGAGAGUACGGGAAGGUCAUGAUCACUUUUGAUUUCGUGACUUACUACCUUUCCCCGAUCAUCGUGAUUGGUAUCUUAUACUUCAUGAUGGCCAGACAUUUGUCACUGUCCGCACGUUGUUCCUCCAAUGAACAAGUACAAGAUCAACCGACUGAAAUCCUAGCCAAGAAACAAUUUGCAAGCACAGUCUCUGCUUUCCUGAUCAUCUUCACCAUCUGCUCUUUCCCCAUUCGAAUUUUCACGUUGUGGUAUUUCUACAACCCAAACUGGGCAGAGAAUUAUAACGAAUACUGGCAUUUAUUUAAUUUUAUUGGAUUCUGCCUAUUUCUCUUCAACUUUUGUUUGAAGUCUGUUGUCCUCUGCUCCACCAGCAACUCUUACCGGAAAUACUUCAACUACUACCUGGUAUGCCGCUUUCAUAAGACAUUAGACGAGUUCACCCUUAUACCAGAUACCAACUCCACCGAAACAGGUGUUUUAUGAUAAUGUGGCUUAUGUCAAGCCGCGAGGAGAUUUAACAAGACAUAACGUUGAACUAUCUGAUUUACUGAUUACGUUAACUGAUUUAGAAAUUAAGUGGUUGUUGAAUCUUAAACGUUCAGUUCCACCGUAUUAAGGCACUGGAAUAAUAUUCAAAUGCUUUACCUCUUGUCUUUAUUUGUAUAUUAGUCAAUAUAAUUUUUGAAGUUGUGUAUAUUUGUUCAAAAAGGCAACU